AUGAACUCUCCACCACAACCACCAACAGUCUAUGAGCUGGACGAAUACGGCAACCCGGUGCUUCACAGCAAGGUUUCCGCGAUUAAAGACCGCGUAGCCAAGAGGAACUCCACACCAUAUACCGGGAACAGGGCUCAGCAUAGGCCUAGAAAGUCCCAGGACUGUAUUAUAGGCGAGUCCAUGCGCAGCGGCUCGCUGGAUGAGAUGGUCAAGGCCUGUGGCCAGAACCCGACGUUUCCCAUGACUAUCUUCACUAGCAGCCAGGGCACGGAUUCGGAGCGUAACGGAGUCCCCGGAUGUCGAUAUAGAAAGAUUUCUUUUCUUGACGAGACUAAAGUUCUCGAUUCCGGCACAAUAGAUGAUAGUCAACGGUUCGUUCGACUGACCGCGUUUAUCACAAGAAACGAUGAAGGCCAUAUGGAUCCUAAAAUAUACGUGGAGCAACGCGUUUACGAAGGCAGGCACGACAAGAUCAUUGUCCAUGAACUUGCGUUUGGUGGCAGAAUUCAAGUUGACAAGGAGUAUGUGUUUCGCGCCUGCGGCGACGAAGAUAGAAUUUUGGGAAAGCGCGAUUUGAGGCUCCGCAUCGUAUCGCUUGAGCAGGAAACCUUCAAUACCUAUUUGCGGGGUCACACGACAUACUACGGUUACGAUAUCAUAGACUACGUCUAUGUAGACAGAGAGAGUAUUUCCAAGGAGCUACCGCAUGCAGCAUGGCGAAAUAUGAGCGAAGUACCUUACAAGAUAUCCUUGAAUAGGAAGGAUCUGCAAAUUCUUCUAGAGGCCAAGCAGGAGAACCGGGAAACGGUGGACGUAUUAUCGGGCAAGGAUAUCGAGCUUCUUCGACUGCGUUUCGCCGGGCAAGGAAAUCCCACCGAAGAUAAGAUGAGCGCAGGUGAUCUUGAUGUCCGUGUUAUCUAUAGGCCUUGA